CUAGAAGCCAGAACGAGGUUCCACGGGAGGAAUGACGGAAGGCAUGCUUGAAAUCGGUGGAAGGGGGCGGGGUACUGUAACGGUCGGUGAAUAACUGGGCUGUAUUUGUGGAAUUGGAAUCACAAAAGGGCAAAAAGGAGGAAAGAGAUGAUGAGGUUGAAACAGAUUGCAGGACGGCUGAGAGAGUUUAAGAAAGGAGAAGAAGCAGUGAGAGGGAGAUCGUCCGGUAGUCAACGAGAUCCCUGUCCAUACAAACCAAACCAAACCAAACCAAACCAAACAACAGCAACCUUGAACCGUGAUGGACUCUGACGCCGCCCUCCCUUUUCUACUCUUUCUACUCCCUAAUCACCUCUCAUGUUGCACAACAAUUUCACCUAUCGAUUGCCCCUUUUCCAUCCUCCAUCCUUUUCACGGCCUUUGCCGUUCGGGCCUGACUCACAUCUUCACCCUUCCAACUGUCUACCAACAAUGGCAACAGCGUCUGGGGGUCUCUCCAAUUCGCGAAAGGCAGAGGAUCUGGUCACGGCGACAGGAUGUCAUCCUCUCGAAAUCCCCACGGAAGAUAAAGAUGGAGAAACGGGCACCCGCCAUGACCACACUGAUAUGACCCGCAUGGGCAAGGCGCAGGAAUUCAAGAGGAAUCUCCGACCGCUCGCUGCGCUCAGUUUUGCAUCGGUCCUCCAGGCCACCUGGGAAUUUAUCCUGAUAUCGAAUACACAAGGCCUUGAGAAUGGGGGAAUGGCUGGCUUGGUCUGGACCUAUGUCUGGACCUUUGUUGGCUUUGGCUUCAUCAUUGUUUCGCUGUCGGAAAUGGCAUCUAUGGCUCCUACAUCCGGAGGACAAUACCACUGGGUUUCAGAGUUUGCCUCCCCACGCUACCAAAAGUUCCUGAGUUAUUUGACCGGGUGGAUGUCCGUACUGGCAUGGCAGGCGGGUGCAGCAUCUGGAUCUUUCCUCACCGGCACUAUUAUCCAGGGCCUGAUCAGCGUACACAAUCCGAAAUACGAACCCACGAGAUGGCAAGGCACACUCUUUGUCUUUGCCAUGAUCUUAGUGAUCUACUUCUUCAAUGUCUAUGCAGCGAGCUGGAUGCCCCGGAUCCAGAACGUGCUGCUCGCUCUGCACACCCUCUGUUGGGUGAUUGUGGUUGUCGUUCUCUGGGCCAUGGCCCCUCGCCAAUCUGCUAGUGCGGUGUUCACGGAGAUCAAGACAUAUAGUGGUUGGCAUAAUGCGGGGCUGGCCCUCAUGAUUGGACAAAUCUCCGCCAUCUAUGGGUCGCUUAGCUCUGAUGCCACGGCCCACAUGUCCGAGGAGGUCCGUGAUGCCGGUCGCUAUGUGCCUCUCGCCAUCGUUGGUGGUUAUUUCAGCAAUGGAAUCCUGGCGCUCAUCACUGUCAUCACCCUGAUGUUUGCCAUGCCAUCUGUCGAGGACGCAUUGAAUGAUCCAACAGGCUUUCCAUUUAUUUACGUGUUCAAACAGGCUGUCUCCACGGCAGGGGUCAACGGGUUAACGGCCAUCAUACUUAUCCCAGUCAUCUUCAGCAACAUCCUUUUCAAUGCAUCGACGGCCCGCCAAACGUAUGCCUUCGCUCGAGACAAGGGAUUACCAUUUGCAAGUUGGAUAUCGCAUGUGAACCAGAGCUACAAGCUACCGGUCAAUGCCAUCGCACUGUCGUGUAUCAUUAGCGGCCUUCUUUCUCUCAUCAAUAUCGGCUCCGACACGGCAUUCAAUGCGAUUAUAUCUCUGAAUGUUGCCGCGCUCAUGUGGACCUAUGCAAUUUCAAUCAGCUGUGUCAUGUAUCGCAAGAUCUACCUUCCUGAUACACUGCCGCACCGACGUUGGAGCCUAGGCCGACACGGUCUCUGGGUGAACGCCACGGGCCUGGUGUAUGUUCUCUUUGCGCUAUUCUGGUCAUUCUGGCCCCCGGAGAUUCCGGUCACUUUGAAGAAUUUCAAUUGGAGUAUUGUUCUAUUCGUGGGAGUGUUUCUGAUCAGCAUUGCGAUGUACAUGUUUCAGGGAAGGUGGGUUUACAAAGGGCCUGUUGUGGAUGUCAAACGGUUGUGACUUGAUGCAUCGACAUUAUGCGCAUUUCUAAGCAGCGGCUACUCAAUUGUGCGGAGAUAGUGGCUCACGUGCUUAUGGCCCUCUCUAUCCCUGCCAGUUGACUUACCCCUCACUUUCACCAUCUACGCCAAUGAAUUGACGCACUGCCUCGAGCCAAAUCUCUGAUUUUCAAGGUGAGAUUGAGUAGUAAGACUGAUCUGUCCUCUCUCGCAAUAUGGGAUAUAAUCCUGUCAUCACUCAAGCCUGCCGGCUCCUCGCGGUAUCCGAAAUUUCACCCUCGUCACCCUCGGUAAAUGCGGGUGCGAAACCUGAGACCUUCUAUUUAGCCUUAAAUCCUUUGAUGAAGUCAUCAGGGUCAGACCGUGAGCCUUCGG